GCCAACAUCCGCUCCUGCCGCAGCCCUUUCCUGUUAGCUAACGCAGAGCUUUCACCCCAUACUACAUUUAGCUACCUAAACGUUUUCUCUUUGAUACAUUUACGCAGUCUAUAGUACCUUUUCCUACCAAACACAAAUAUGGCAGAGGCCAUUCAAAAGAAGUUGAAAGGGGAAGUGGAAAAAUAUUCACAGAUGCAGAAAGAUGUUAGCAAGGGCGUGUCAGCCAGGCAGAAGCUGGAGACGCAGCUAGCCGAGAACAACAUCGUCAAAGAGGAACUUGAUCUGCUGGACAUCACAAACACAGUGUAUAAGCUUAUUGGCCCAGUAUUAGUGAAGCAAGACCUGGAUGAGGCCAAAGCCACAGUCACAAAAAGGCUGGAGUACAUCAACGGAGAGAUUCAAAGGUACGAGGCGCUCCUGAAAGACCUGGAAAAGAAAUCUGAACAGCAUCGAGAAGUCUUGUCCAGUUUACAGCAGGAGUUUCAGAAAGCUCAGGGCCUGGCUGUCGGCAAAGUCUGACCUAGUGACCCAGCUGCAUGCUCACACACUGCAAACACACAUACAGAUAGAAGUAGAAUGGGUUAGUCAUGAUGUAAUGCAAAACCUUCAACAUAAGGCUCAGUGAGUAAAUUCUGAUUGUAUCUUGUCAUUCAUUUGUUAUUACAUUGACUUUUCCCUUGUUAACAAUAAACACGUUUUUCAUGAAUUA